UCUCUCCUCCCCGGCCAGCCAGGAGCCACGUCACCGUCACCCAGCGCUGGCUUCGGGGCUCCUCAGCCUGGAGAGCUCUCCGGGAGACAAACUCCAACUUUCAGCCCAAAGCAGAGACAGGAAGGCCCUGGGCUGGGAGAGUGAGAAUCCACCUCGGUGGAAAAGUAAACAAGGGAGACAUCCAGCCUGGCAGGGGAAAGGCAUCUGCAGCCACGGGGCAGGGGAGACUGAACUUUGUGCUACGAGAAGGAAGGGCUCCGUGCUCAGGGAAAAAGGAAAGUUGAGCCCAAGGAGACCGUUCAUUCAGCCGAGGCUCGGCGGAGAAAAACUUCCCGCCCACUCCCUCCACCCCAGAGGAGUCCCCCGGCACCAUGAACAUCUUCCGCAUCCUGGGGGAUGUCUCCCACUUGCUGGCCAUCAUUAUUCUCCUGCUGAAGAUUGUGAAGUCCAAGUCCUGUGCUGGAAUCUCUGGGAAGAGCCAGAUACUUUUUGCCCUCGUCUUCACAACCCGCUACCUGGACCUGUUCACGAAUUUCAUCUCUGUCUAUAACACUGUGAUGAAGGUCAUUUUUUUGAUUUGUGCCUACGUCACCGUGUAUAUGAUCUACGUGAAAUUCCGGAAAACAUUUGACAGUGAGAACGACUCCUUCCGCCUCGAGUUCCUGCUGGUCCCUGUCACAGGCCUGUCAUUUCUGGAGAACCACAGCUUCACCCCCUUGGAGAUACUCUGGACCUUCUCCAUCUACCUGGAGUCCGUGGCUAUCCUUCCUCAGCUCUUCAUGAUCAGCAAGACAGGGGAAGCAGAGACUAUCACGACACACUACCUUUUCUUCCUGGGCCUCUACCGUGCCCUCUACAUUGCCAACUGGGUCUGGCGCUACCACACAGAGAAUUUCUACGACCAGAUCGCUGUCGUCUCCGGGGUGGUACAAACCAUCUUCUACUGCGACUUCUUCUAUCUCUACGUCACCAAAGUCUUAAAAGGAAAGAAGCUGAGUCUUCCCAUGCCUGUUUGAAGACAUCCCACAGGCAGCACAAGAAAUUCCAAAGACAAAGCUGUUUAAGAUCACAGCUUUCCUUCCCUGGCCCUUUUUGACUAACGGAUGGCUCAGCUGAAUUUCAACCCAGUGCCAGGAAGACAGGGCUUGGAAUGCUUUUCAUCCAUCAGACUCUUCCCCUCCAUUUUUUUAUUUCUUCUCACUUGAAUUUGGUGCUAGUGCUGGCCAGUACUGAAGUACUGCAAUUUCUUCUCUCCCAGCUCUCCCAACAUCUACACUCAAAACACACCUCCACUCGGACCCUGAGGCAGCACAAGGGAAAAUGUCACUCCCACUAGUCCUUCAAGCAAGUGCCCAUGGUAAAGGGAACACGUAACAUACUUUAUUAAAGUGUGGUAACUUAACUGACCCAUUUCACAGGUGGCCAUGUCUGACACAGCAGAUGCUACAAACUGUUACUUUAACUCUGUAUGAACUAACACCCUCUUAAAAAUUAAUUCUGCCUGACCCUCUCUCUAUUCAGGCCCUGUAACAUUCAAGAAAAACACAUUGCCUUUGAAUAACAGGAAUCUUUUAAUUCCACAAGUAUUCAAACAUCCUCCUCACUCACUUAUUUUCAGUUUCCUUAUGUUCUACAAACAGGGACAGUUUCAAUUACAAUUCAGGUGGUUGCCAAGAAGUGUUUCCACCUCCUUCAAUUUGACUUCUAACAACUGGGAAGAACAGGGGCAAAGACAGCUUUACAUUCCAAAAAUAAAGACAAAGUUCACAA